AUGGCCCACGGACCUCGCGGCCGCUCCAGCGCCCACCGUCGCCAGGUCGGCAUGAACCCCGACAUCCUCAGCCAGAUCCAGGCGUCGCUGUCGGCCGAGGUCAAUCCUAAACCUCCCCCGGUCGCAACCCCGGACAAGCCCAAGGAUACGCCGAAGCCUCCAGCUCCGACCCCUCCCGCUGCACAGACCACCAAGCCGGCGCCAGCGCCGGCCGCAUCGACUACCCCGAAGGCAGCGGCCCCGCCCCCGCCCUCGUCGGCUCCCCCGGCUCCUACCACCUCUCAGCCAGCUCCACAGGCCACAGGCAAGGUCGGAGCCCCCCUGCCGGCUCCACCGCCCUCUUCCUCGUCUGCUCGUGCAAGCUCAUCCUCGGCGGUAAAGUCGUCGUUACCCCCGCCAUCGACUCGCUCCUCGUCAUCUGCCGUGCAGGGCAUUAGGACAGUCACACCAAAGGUGUCAGCCGCCCCUACGGCUCCCCCUGCCACUGCAUCGUCCUCGUCGGGCCUCUCUGGUGGAAGCAUUGCGGGCAUCGCCAUCGGUCUCAUUGCAGGCAUCAUCGUCAUUGGUGGCGUUGCUGGUUGGCUCUACCGCAAGUACAAGGAACGCAACUACGACAACAACGCGAGCGCGUGGACCAAGAUGAACGACGACAAUGGUGUCACGCCGUACCGCAAUGAUCCCAAGACAAAUGCCUCGGACGAGGAAUUCUACAGCGGUCUGCCACCGGCUGGUUCUAUGCAAAGUCAAGCUUUCCAGCCGCCUCCCCAGCACGGUUACUAUGCCGACAACGGCAUGCGGCCCGACUCGAUGGCGGCUAUGGAGAACAACAUGGCUGGCUACGGCUCUGGCGUCCGCAGUGGGCCGUACCCUGACCCCGCUCCCGUUGCUGUGGCGUACGACGCCAACGGGCGCCCGUACACCCCGACGCAGCAGAACGGACAGUGGGGUUAUGAUCAUCACCAGCAGGAGCAGUAUGCGCCCAACCCCUUUGACGACGCCAACCGCAUGUCUCCUCUGGGGUCGCUGCACUCGCCCAACUCGCCUCACCACCAGCAGAACUUCGGCGGACCGCGCCAGCUGGUUGGCCCUGGCCAAACCUUCGCUGGUGUUGCGCCCGUUCCUGCUCUUGCUCCGGCUCCCGUCCCGCUCGGCCGUCCUCAGCCUCCCCAGUCCUACGACGACAUUGCUGCUGCCGAGAUGUACGCCGACGACCGUUACGCCGACGACCACAUGGCUGCUCCCCCUCAUCUUGGCCACUUCGGUCAGCAGCAGCCUGGCAACUUCCCGCCUGAGUCGUUCGCUACGGCUGAGGCCCGCCACUCUGGUUCUGGCAUGCCCCAGGACCUGCGUGCCAUCUCGCCGGUCACGUCCAUGCCCGCGUCGAUCAUCCACCCGCCUCAGCCUCUCCCGACCAUGCAGCCCAUGAGUCCGCUCAUCAGUCCUGUUGCGCUCAGCAAUGACGACGACUCGAACCACAUGUACGAUGAGGUUGCGCGUGCCGCCGGUGUUCCCAGCCCCUCGGCAACUGCUCCUCUCUCUCCGGGUUCGCCGCAGCAGCAGCAGCAGGCCUUCCUCCCGCCGGUCGUGUCCUACCAGCAUGGCGUCCCUCUGUCGCCCCUUGUCGAGGUGCCGACGCCUGCGUCGUCGACCAUGCCGCUCAUGCCUGACGGUCUCGCUUCCGCCGAGACUUCGUUUGCCCAACGCGUCGCAGUCCCUACGGCCUCGCCUUCGAUCGUGACAGCCGUUCCUGUUAUCGUUCCUGCAGCCGCGCCAGUGCCCCGUCCUCUCCCAGCGAUCCCGCAGCAGCAGACUGUCCCUUCUCCGACGCCCGCUUCCGCGCCUGGGGCCCCCAUCAGCGCUCCCAACCAGGCCCAUGCUCGGACAGACAGCCUGGACGACGCUUAUGGUGGCAUUUAA